UAAUAUUUUAAAUUCCUCUCGCUAGAACUUGUUGAUUUAGAACAUAAUUAUAUAGAGGUAAUCUUGGACCACCCAGCCUCGCUUUGAUCAGAUUGGAUACACAACGCAUAGAACUAUAUCUUUCAUCGCAAAAAAAGUCUAUAUGUGUAUUAGGGACGUGCAGAACCUGAACUUUGGACUACUUUGUAACUAAUAUUAUGACCUUUAAUUAUUCUUAUCUCAACUUCGUCGAAGUUGUAGGCCCAUUGGCUACCCGAUGAGAAAACUUCCUGGCUGAGAUUUAACUUAAAGAAGACGACCAAACUUGCUCUUAGUUGACUCUGGUUGACUCUUGACUUAUUGCUAUUUCAAUCAUGGGUUGGAGGGAGAUGGUUGGGUUUCUCGUGCUCUUGGCGGUUACCGUGUGCAGCGCGGACAUUCCGACCGUUGGGGAGCUGGAGCUCACGGCGUACGAAGGUCGCUGGUACACGGUUUAUGAGAAUGGUUGGACUAACAUUGUCAACAUGGACAUGGACUCUGUGUGUACAACAGCGGACUAUAAGAUAAUCAAUAAGACAUUCGUUUCGGUGUACAAUGCUGGUCGAGAAGGUUUUCCAGAGGGACGACGUAAAGACAUAGCUGGCUUUGCCUACGUACCAGACGUUACCAAGCCCGGUAAUCUGAAAGUAGUACUUGAAGGUGUGCCCGUCGAAGGAGAUUAUUUGAUCAUAAAGUUAGGCCCCAUUGUGGCCGAUAAGUACGAGUACGCUGUUGUGACCAGUAGCGGUGACCGCGCCCUCUAUCUCCUUGCAAGGAACCCCAUCUCCUUUUUGGAUAAGUACAAGGAAGACGUCUUGAAGUUUCUCGAGGAUAACGGCUUCACUGGCUUCUUGAAGAAGCCAAAACCACUUCUGCAGGCUAGCAAUUGUGGAUAUCCCACUGCCAGAUAGAACACAAUAAAGGCGUUUGGGGAUUUUUAUAAUGGAUUCUUUAAAGAUGUUAUUUCUAUAAAUUUGUUUGAAUCGCUAAAAGGAGAUUUUUUUAUGGCAAGGCGAUGUAUGUAUGGAUAUAUUAUUGUUGUGUCAUUUCUUCAUAUAAAAUAGACCAAAACAUUUCUCGGGUACAUUGUUAUAUUUCACCCUUCCCUCAUCAGAGUUUACUCAAUACAAUAAUUUGAGAAGACAUCAUGACAAAACUUGGUAAAUGAAUGACAAUAAAGUGAUACAAU